AUGAGCGACGAAGAAGAGGGUUAUAGUGAGGCGGAAGAGGAGGUAGAAUACGAGGAGGAAGAGGAGGGGGGGUCUGUUAUUAAGGAGGCGGCAUCGAUCCGUAGAUCUAGUACUAGACGUUCCAGUUACGGUGGGCCGGCAGCGGAGGAUGAAGAGGAGGUGUUUGCUCCUCCGAUGAAGUCGCAGAAGGAUCCUCUAUUAGAGAGUAUCAUGGGAUCAGAUCGAGGGGGCAAGGAGUAUGGGACAUCAAGGGUGGAGAAGAGAGACAAGAUGCCUUGGCGAAGUAUCAAGCGAUUGGCAUUUGGUGUUGACUUCGGGCUGGCUGUAGCGGAGGUGUCUGGAGAGCCGACGCUAUAUUCAUGGGGCGCGAACAAUAACAAUGUAUUAUUGUUGGGUGAUGAACUGGAUAGUUCGUUGUUACCGGAGCGUGUGGAGUCACUGAAUGGUAAGAGUGUGUUCGAUUUAUCGGCGGGAGUGGCUCAUGCGGCGGUGGUGGUGAAGACGCCGGAGGCUCCUGGUGGCAAGGUGUAUACGUGGGGUUUGGGAACUAUGGGUCGUUUGGGAUACGUGCGUGAUACGGAGGAAGGAGUGCCAUUGGAUCCGUAUUCGGAGGACCCAUGGUAUACGGAGCGGGCGUGCAAGGUGCGGUUCUCGGAUACGAAGAUUGCGCGCGUUGUCUGUGGUGGACACUUCACUUAUUUCCUUUCGGAACAUGGACAGCUAUGGGUUUGCGGAUUCUCACAAGCAGGCGCUCUAGGCUUCGGCGAGGAGGUUGAGUGUAUCUGGGCUCCGAACAAGUUGCCGAUCGUGGACUCUUCGGGUCAGGAGGAGUUUGUGACGCAGGUGGCGGCAGGGCUAGACCACGUGCUUUGUUGCUGCCGUUCGGGACGCGCUUACGCCUGGGGUGACGGGCGAAGUGGAAGGCUGGGAUUGGGCGACGACCUGCCGCGAUUCGAACCCACGCCCAUCCGGUCUCUGGAGGGGGAGUCGAUGACGUACGUGGCAGCCGGCACCAGCCACUCGGCAGCAAUCGACCGCUCCGAACGACUCUGGGUAUGGGGCUCCAAUGGCGGCGGACAACUCGGGCUGGAAGACAACCUGGAGCGGCUGGAGCCGACUCUCUUCGGCAGCUUCCCGCGUUGCAAGGCCGUAUGGUUGGGCGCCGCACAUUCUCUCGCACUCGACGGCGAGAACAAUUUGUAUGUCUGGGGGUCCGGUCCCGUAACCGGGCUGCCGAGCUCGGUCCCUCGCAAGGUGCAGGGUCUGGGCGACGAGGCGGUCGCGGCCGCCUCGGGACUGGCUUCUGUGAUGGUCUACACACGUCGGGGUGACCUUUGGGCAUGGGGCCGGGCGCCUUUAGGAUUAUUGGACGAGGCCGACCAGAGCAAGCCAGUAUCGAUAGCUGAGUUGCGCGGACGUGGCCUUGUGCGCGACCUGGCCGAACAGGCGGCGGGUGGCACAUCCACUCGUGUUGAAAAGGCGUUUGUUGUGCGUGGUGCACCUUGUCUCGAGAUUUCAAGCGGACGCGCACACACUCUCUUACUUACGCCCCGCGGUGAGGUCUGGGCCUGGGGUUCCAACAGCCAUGGCCAACUGGGCACGGGUGCCACUGGACCGGAAACUGAGACUAAGACCGACCCGGCGUUGGCACCCGAGGCCGGUGGUGAGGAGGCUUCACGUGGUGAGGAGGCUUCAGGAGGGGAGGAGGAGGAGGAGGAGGCAUGUGCGACCGAGCCGGUACCAGUUGCGUUUCCGGAGGGCACGGUGGUGCGUCAGGUUGUGGCAGCGGGCAACCAUUCGUUGUGUGUAGCUGUGUCACGUGACUUGUUUGCUUGGGGUGCGGGAGAGAGUGGACAGCUGUGCAUGGGGCGACAGAUGCAGUUAGCACGACCGACGAUGGCGGCGUCAUUACGCGGUCGUGUGUUGUUCGCAGCGGCGGGUGCGGACUACACGGCGUUGGUGUUGGCACCGCGCGCGAGUGCGGCUGAUGCGAGUGCAGGCGAGUUGUGGGUCUGUGGAAACAGCGACGGCGGCAAGUUAGGUGUGCCAGUGGACCCAGGACAGCCGGUGUUGGAGUUGCGGCGUGUGCGUAGUGUCGGCGAAGCGAUUGUACGAGUCGCUUGUGGAGAAUCGCACAUGUGCGCCAUCACCGAUCGGGGACAACUCUUUGUUUGGGGGACGGGUGCACAUGGAAGAUUAGGCACUGGCGACGCACGGAAUGCCUUCGAACCCGUCGAGGUCAAACUGGCCGGCUACGGCCCAGUUGUGGACGUGGCUUGCGGCGACACUCAUUCACUCGCAGUGACCCAACAGGGCGUACUCUUCGUCUGGGGCCAAGCCCGCGCAGUCGGGACCCAGAGCGACCUUCUUACGCCCACUAAUUACGCACUCCGCCUUACAGCAGUCGCCGGCGACGGCGGCUGCGCCGCCGUUGCGGCUGCCGGCCGCAACGCAGGUUGCUUGACACGGGGCGGCAAACUCGUUCUCUGGGGUGCGAACAGUCAUCGUCAGUUGGGGGCGGCUCAGCCUACAGCGAACGUUCUGCACGUGGAAGGCAGUACCGAGUAUUACGGACCCGUUUGGUUGAAGCAGUUGGAGGCUGUGAGUGCUUUUGCCCUUGGCAAAAACGUUGCCUUCGCCGCUAAUAAACGAGGCGAACUGUUUGCUUGGGGACACGCCGCUCAGGGUCGCCUCGGGCUCGGUCCUGUCUCCCAGACCAAGGCCGACAUCUCGCCGCUCACCAUCGCCUGGGAUUGCGCCCCCGCCCCCGAGCUUUUGAAGCACCUGGGUAUGCGCACUGACCCUGCCGAAACGGGCAGCGUCGGCCAGUCGGGCGCAGUGGGAGUCGAAUUUUCGGGAGGCAAGCCCGGAGGAAGUGGAGCGGCUGGCGGAGGUGGGCCGGCAUCAGAUGAGGCGGACUUUGCGGCAGCGGCGGUGUUGGCUGAGUUGCGUUUAUUCGAGGCGCCGACGGUGGAGUUAUUGCAGGCGGCAUUACAGCACAGUUUUGAGGUUCGGGAUGAUGCGGGUAUUUUAGCGUUUGAGGCGGAUUUGCAACAUUUAUACGGGAAGUUAAUUGACCGUGUGACGAGUGCGCAUGACACAAACAUGUUUAUGAAGAGUAAGGAUCAGUUAUCUGGAUGCCUUGCGAGAUUGGCAUUGGCGCUUGGUGUGUCACCUGCUUAUUUUCCUGCCGCUUUUGAUCCUACUAUAAGCGAGAAUAAUCCCAAAGGAGCUCAUUCUAAGAUGAAGGAUUUAGUUUAUUCUUUACGGAGCAAUAUGGAGCAAUUUCAGAUCAUUGUCGAGACCCUCAUUAUCCAGCCAGCUUACUGGCUUAUACUACGACCCUUCCUCAAACAUGAUGAACAAAGGGAAGCCUUUAGCCUCCUGCUGUCACAGCUCUAUCAUGAAAUCGGAGAUCUGUUUCUGCAAACACGGAUGCAUAAAGUACUACGAGCUAUCGGGGAAGCUGAAAUUGACGAAGCCAAGGAUUACAAUACACUGUUCGUUAACGAACGAUCGGUCUUCUCCCAAAUAAUUAACAAGUGCCUAUUCGCUAACGUCGCCAUCCUGCAUCAAUUCGCCAGCGCCAUUUUGAAGUUAUCGUUAAAUGACGACUGUGAUAAAAAGUCUGCGGCCGAUCUUUUAUUGACGUUUGGGACAGGGGCAAAUCCUCCAGAGUUUUGUUUCUUUACGAAGACAGAAGAGGAGUUGGAGCAAUAUUUAAAGAAGUAUGAAUCGUCUCGGAUGAAUAAGCAGCCGAGUGCAGCGCAGAUCUUGCGUUCGAAGGUAAGUCUUCGUGAAUUGUAUGAAGAAAGUCUGAGUUUGUUGGAGCCUACAAUGGAGCAUUUGGCUGGUUCAUUGGCGAUACCGUUGACGUAUGUAGAAUUAUGGGGACGAAUUAAUGAGAAGUUAAAGGAGAAGAUGAAUGAGGGUGAUACAUGGUAUAAAUACAUAGAUUGUACCGUGUACAGUUAUCUAUCUCCACUGUUACGUAGUGCAUCGGAGUUUGUCGAGAUUCUAGGGUACCCAAAGUUACCCGAAAGGUUGGUUGUGAAUUUUUCCUUCAUCGCUGAAGUGUUAGAAACGCAUACUUACAACCAACGGAAACGAGACCCCGUGGAACCGUUCCCGAUAACGUCGGCCUAUGCCAAGUUCGAAAUGACCUUGUCCGAACGAAUCGAACUUCUGGCUAGUGUGCAUCCAGAUCUAAAACGAAUGAAUCUGGCCACACUUGAAACCUCGGGAUACGGCCAUCAAUUAGAGACAGGCGAGAGUGUACGGGACCCUGAUCUUCGUAUUGUCAUUUCAUUGUUUACAACACAUGUUAAAGCACUAUCGAAUCCCAGGGAAACUGUGCGAGUUGAUUGGUGGCCUUUAUUGAGAGUUGUAAACUUAUUUCGUGAGUAUGAACCGAAGUUGAAAGCACUUUCUUCUUUUGAUCCAUUGAUCCAAGCUGUGAGAGCUCUGUGUCCACCGGAGGCAAGUCAGUUACCUAUAUCGGAUGAAGUUUUAGAUAUGUUUUAUGAAAUACAAUUCGAAGAUCAUUCGGAUGAACAGGUAACGGAUGAACAGGUACCGCCAACUCUGGGACGUAGCAGCACUCGACGGAGUACUUUGGAUCGUGCCAAAUCGCGAGCAUUAGAACGUAGCAGUUUGGUGGCGACCAUCCGGCGGAGCAUAGCACACGCUAGUUCUAGGUCCGGAUAUAGUGAGUAUAAGUCAGAGGUGUUCGUAUAUAGACCAGCCUUCCUGUUCCACGCCCGAUCUAUGGCGUUUGAACGUACCACCGGGUGCGCUGUACCCCAGACACUGGCAUUCCGACAAGCUGUACACACACGUAAGGGCGUCGCAGUCAGCUCCGUAAUCCGGCCAUUCAGUUUACCAGAUGAGUAUGACGGUAGGACGAAGCUCAUCGAGGGAAUACGGCGUGCUCCUAAGAUGCGGGCCGGGACCUAUGAUGAACUUAAUGACGCGUUUGUUGACGCACACGAUUACGCUAUCCGCUCCGGACAACCCGGGGAUCUCGUCCAGCUCCUGGCCGACUGUUUCCGGCUUUGUGACACCAUGAAACGGAAACAUGACCUGAAGGAACUGAUAAAGUACGGCGCAGAAAUUAUCAACAAUCGGGAACGAUCUAUUCGCUACCUGGAGUCACUUCGAGACGUUUACGAUCAGUUAGAACGUUACGUCACUGACGAACUUGCGGAACUGGCACGGAAUCAGCAGGUGAAUGAGGAGAAGAUUAAGGCUAUCGAACAAUUUGAAGUGGAUUCCACCCUAGCUUCUAUAACGGAAAGCUUCGAUAUCAAACCGUUCGUUUGGCAAGCCAUUCCCUACAUGCCGCGACGCAUUGACGGACCCCGGAAAUACGUCUCGCGCGUCUCACAGCUCCUUAACUGCUGCGUACUUGUCCCGUCCGGCGUCGCCUCUGCCGCUGCUGAACGUAAAGAUCGAGUCGUGUUUCAAAACGCAACUGGGAACAGCUGGCAAAUUUCAGUCGGCAAUCUAUCCGGCUCCGUCAUCACCGACGACGAUCAGUACCCCCAAAACUACUUCGAUCGUCUCACCAUCAACCCUGGCAUGCCCACCUUUUAUGCAGGCCCCCUCAAAAUUCUACUCAACAACAUCAGAGAGGUCUGCGUCGAAGACAAAUCCAAAUCCUACAUGGCCACGGCGCAAAGCAGUCUUGUCUAG